AUGGAGAUGGACCCCAGGUCUGGGGCAGCGGGUGACAAGAGCCGGGUGAGCUUGGUCAUAAUCUGGUUCCUGUUUGUUGCUGCGGUGCUGAGCGUAUGCGCUCGCCUGGGCACAAAGUAUGCCAUGGCAAGGAGGCUGGCUUGGGAUGAUGGCCUCAUCAUCAUUGCUCAGGUCUCUUCGCUUGCUCAGUGCAUUGCAAUAUCGUUCGCGGCUACUUCAGGUCUUGGAACCUCGAUGCGUGAUCUGGCUCCAGAGAAAGUCGACAGCUUUCUGAAGGUAUCGUCGUGUCAGCUCCUUGAGGGCAUCUCACCCAACGAGAACCCGCUGACAUAUUGGUUCAAGGCAGAAUAUGCUAGUACCCCAUUCCUCCUUUUGACGUUUGCUUUGGUAAAAUGGUCAAUAUGCGUCUUCAUCAAUCACUUGAGUCCUACCGCGGUUCACCACCAGUUAGACAUGGCUUUCCGUUCAACCAUAGGGCUGUGGCUCACUUCUGCUACACUCCUUUCCAUCUUCCAAUGCGCCAUUCCGACACCAUGGGACUACGUCAACGGAUCUAGUUGCCUCGAUCGCCGAGCUUGGUCGAUCUAUGUAAGUGCGUUGAACAUUAUUACGGAGCUCGGAUUCGUCUUCCUCUACGUGUGGAUCAUUGGAAAUCUCCAGAUAUCGGUUUUAAAAAGAACUACCGUUCUCUUGGUUUUCCUGACGCGGCUACUCGUCAUUGGAGCUGCUGCCGCUCAGCUCGCCGUCUUCUUGAAAGCAUACCCAUCGCCCGACAUCACAAACAGCUUGUGGCUGCCGACCGUGUGUAAUCAAAUUGUUGUGUUUCUCAGCAUCUUGACAGCUUGUCUGCCAUAUCUCAGACCAUUUAUGGAAAGUCUUGAAUCAGAUGUUGUACGCGUGCCCGAAGACUUGGAGGAGCUCAGAUCGUUCGCCAGAUCAGACGCCAGAUCAGACGCCAGAUCAGGAAUAGGAAUGAGAUCCAAUUAG